UCAUUUACUAGCAUUUCCCCGUAUGUUCAACCGAUCGUGGGAUUUAAGGACGCUCUUAUCGACAACUGUGAAUGCCGAGAUUGAGGAAGAGGAGGAUGAGGUAAAACAAAAUGGCGUAAUUCAGAUCAGUGUCGCAGAUUAUAAGGAUUGCGAUGAUGGUGAUGUAGAGGUAGUUAUGGAGGAAGCAUCGUGGCAUGAUGGUUAUCAUGGUGCUGAUGAUGAGCUAAGUAUUGAUGGAGAAGGAGAGAUAGACAGAGAUAACAAUGAAGAGGAGGUAUCUGUCACCAUGCCACGAGUAGUAAAACGACGCCAGUGUGACCCUGUCAUCUUACAACAACUCUGGGAAGGUAUCAGAGUAAUCAGGGACCAGAAACAGAUUGCUAACUCAGAAAGAAUCACCAAAUUUAUGACCAGAGAGUACACAGUGUCUCCUAAGGAGGUAUUGAAACAGUUAAAUCAUGCGGUGAAGGAUGGUUUGAUAAUUAAAGAGAUAUCGCGGGGAUGUAAAGGAUCCAAAGUUGGUAUUGAACAGGAGGGAUUCUGGUGUAUCGAGGAACAAGAAACUCCGUCCCCUGAUGAACACGACUGGUACUGUUUUAUUUGUCACAAGCCUGGUGAGAUCAUCCGUUGUCAUGGUUGCUUUCGUGUAGCGCAUUCUAGAUGUCUUGAGAAAACCAAUAAGCCGGCUCCAGAGCAUGGUCACUGGUACUGUUAUGUCUGUGAGGUCUGUCGAAAAAAGAAUCACACCAUUAGCCGCUCUGAGUUGAGUAAGCUGUUGGGUUUCACUCUUGCCCGCAUGAAGGAAAAGGCACGAGAGCUGUACAAGAAGAUCAACCUAGGAGAUACGCCCAAUUAUCAUUCUAUUAUCCGAACACAUGUUGACUUGGGUACCAUACAGCAAAAAAUUGAUGACAACAAAUAUCGCUGCUUGGAUGAAUUUGAAGGCGAUGCUGAUCUCAUGUUGCACAAUAAUAAAGUAUAUUUUGGUCCUGAAAGUGAAAGAGUUGAGCUGUGUGAUAUGGUGGUGGAAGACUGUAAACACGAUUUAAAUGAGAUUCGUCUCUGCAAAGAUUGCUACAAAAUGUCAAAUUGUAGAUCAUCCAAAGACUGGUUUUGUCGGCCAUGUAAUCCUGCUCACGAGUUAGUAUGGGCUCAGAUGAAAGGUUUUGGAUACUGGCCAGCUAAAGUGAUACAGCGAGACAAAGACCAGGUCGAUGUCAGGUUCUUUGGUGGUCUUCAUCAAAGAGCAUGGAUAUCACAAACUUUUAUCAAAGACAUCAACACAAACAUAAAGUCAUUGAGAAUUAAAGCCACUCCCGGCUGGCACAAUGCAUGCAGGGAACUGCGGAAACACCAAGAAUACUUUCAGAGUACACAGAAGAAGAAAACCGACAAAUCGGAGAAGAUUCAGAAGACUGGAAAAGUACAUAAAACUCACAAGACCCGCAAAAGGAAGAAGAAAGAGACAUCCAACGCAUGCACAGCUCAAGACGAUGCAGUGUCAAGUUCAAAUGUAGACCCAAUACAAGUAUCUGCCUCUGAUCAGCAUCAUGUGACAUCAAGUCAGGAUUCCCAUCACUGUUCUCCAGCAAGUAACGAAAGUCAGCCACCAACAAAAAGGCGGAAGAAUACAACAACUAGUAGCCAUUCCAACAGCAACACAGCCAACAACACCCCUUCUACUGAAGAUUCCAAUACAUCCAAUGCAUCAAGCCCUGCUAAGUGUGACUGCCAUGAGAAAUAUAGCACCAUAUUUGCUGAUUUCAAAACGCGUCUUGAAGAAGAUCAUGAGAAAGAACAGAAAGAGACUGUCAAGUUUGCCCUUGAUAAGUUGAGGGAGGAAAUGGAAGCCGACAAACAACAUACUGUGUCAAAGGUCAAGGAAAACAUGAUGCUUGAGAUUGAAAGAGCAAAGAAACAGAUCAAAGAGAAAUGCAAGGAAGAAAAUGAUGAGGAAACCAGCAGAUUAGAAGCCAAAUAUAAAGAAGAAAUAUCUCAGACCAAGAAAAAACAGUGGUGUAUCAAUUGUGAAGAGGAAGCUAUGUACCACUGCUGUUGGAAUACUUCAUAUUGCAGUAUAAACUGUCAACAAGUACAUUGGCACAAGGAACACAAGAAAUUAUGUCGACGAAAGAGAUGAACUCAAAAAGGAAGUGACAUCACAUAUUAAAAUUGGAGGUCAAAGCUCAAAGGGCAGAUUUGCCUUGAGGCAACAUUGCUGUCAUUAUUUAUUUCAUUGUUUAAUAUGUCUGUUUUUAAUAUGUAGAAAUAAGCUUCUGAUGUUUUAAAAAUAGAGGGUAUCUUGUAUGAUGUAUUUGAGUGUUGAUUGAAGAGGUAUUCAAGUGCCCUUCGAACUUUGACCCCUUCUGGGACCAUGCUGAAUAAGGUUGUAAAGAUAAUUUUGCAUAGAUUGUUUUCUUUUUCAUAUUUUAUUUGUUUUUAAAAUCUGUCUUUCUCUACGUUUUGCUCUAUAAUUAAAAUGUUAUUACUCCAGAUAAUAUAAGAAAAGACAAGCUUUGUUCGGCUAUUAUUCUUGUUUGUCCGGCCGUGAUUCUUGUUUGUGUUGUUUUCUGCAGUUGGCUGUGGAUACAAACAUCAUAUUUUUUGUUAUUUAUUUAUAUUUAAAUUAUAUAGAGACAAUAGAACACAGGUUUACCUGAUUUUUUUUGCAAUUUUAUAGCAUUUUUUUAGAAUGUACAUCAUAUCUCGUUUCUGUUUGGAUAUAUUUGUAACCAAAUACUUCCAUAUUCGGUAGACUAGUCUCUUGACACAUGGUGCAUGCAAGAUAGUAACAUUUGCUAUAUUAAAUACAAUUUUCUUUCAUGGUUUGCCUGGUAAUACAUGUAUCUUUGAGUCUAAGUAUGGGCAGUUGAGACAGGAAUUGUUGUAUCUAAAUCAUGUGACUAUUGAUAACCUCUUUCAAGAACAUUUUUGUUUUUAGACUGUACAUUUAACAUUUACAUUGUACAGGCAAUGCAAGAGAAAUCAAUACAACUGGAAAACCAAUAUUAAGAGUUGUAAUAUGUAAUCUUGGAAGUGCUGGAUAAAUGAUGUUGUUUUUAUUAUAGAGGUGCAUGGUGUCUUGUGUUUUACAUCCUUUGAAUUAAAUAAAAAUACGUUUCAU